AUGGCGCCCUCCCUCAAGUUCUUCUAUCUGGCAAACGCCUCUUUGAUUCUGCUCGCUGCUUGUUCACAAGAGGCUCAGUCGGAGCCGGCUGAUACAACUACAAUUUCGUAUUCUGUGAAUCUCGGGAAUGACGGGGAGUGCCUUGCCGAGGUCAACGCUGCUCGUGAAGCUGCUAAACUGAGCAAACUUCAACAGCCCGAUGCUGGGGAAGCCGCAAAGCGCCUUCCUAGUGUCGACGUAGUCAAACCCUGGGAACCACUGUGCAAAGAGUUGAUACCAGCAAGAUCAAUGGAACGCAAUAUCGCGUUCGAUUACCGGCUCCGCCUCAGUAGCCGUCCCGAGUCUCAUAGCGCUAGCCGCAACAUCGCUGAGCAUUGCUUUCCUUUGAGAGUCUCGUUUCGAAGGCUGCAGAGCUCACGACUCAAGUGCGUCGAGCUGCUGAUGUCGAGCUUGAUGCAUGAGCACGCAUUUAAACCUACAGUGAUUGCCCAGGCGAUGACAGGGCAAACCCUUGCAUGA